GAGGGGCGCCGAGAGGACGCCCGGCCCCGGUGGACGCCGCGGCAGGAGAGCACGCGAGACUGUGAAGAGCACGGGGAGCCUUUGUCGUGCAGCGUGAAACCCUUGAGACUUUGGCUUAGGAGCUGAGAGAAUCGGGCCCUUCCCACACUUGGAAAUGAAGCAGAGCCUUCUAGACAGUCCCAGCACCAUGAGCCCUGAAAGGUCUCAAGAGGAGAGCCCAGAAGGAGACACAGGGAGAGCAGAGCAGAGGCCUAUGGUCAAAGAUGCCUUCAAAGACAUUGCCAUAUACUUCUCCAAGGAAGAAUGGGCAGAGAUGGGAGACUGGGAGAAAACUCGCUAUAGGAAUGUGAAAAGGAACUAUAAUGCACUGAUUACUAUAGGUCUCAGAGCCAGUCGACCGGCUUUCAUGUGUCACCGAAGGCAGGCCAUCAAACUCCAGGUGGAUGACACUGAAGAUUCUGAUGAAGAAUGGACACCUAGGCAGCAAGCAUUCAAGGGAAUGCCCAAGGCAUCAUUCAGUAAUGAAUCUAGUUUGAAGAAAUUGUCAGGAACGGCAAAUGUACUGAAUACAAGUGGCUCAGAGCAGGCUCAGAAACCAGUGUCCCCUCCUGGAGAAGCGAGUACCUCUGGACAGCACUCUAGACUAAAACCGGAACUCAGGAGGAAGGAGACCGAAGGAAAGAUGUAUAGCCUGCGAGAAAGAAAGGGUCAUGCAUACAAAGAGGUCAGCGAGCCCCAGGAUGACGACUACCUCUAUUGUGAGAUGUGUCAGAACUUCUUCAUUGACAGCUGUGCUGCUCAUAGGCCCCCGACAUUUGUGAAGGACAGUGCAGUGGACAAGGGGCAUCCCAACCAUGCAGCCCUCAGCCUGCCCCCUGCUAGAAUUGGGCCAUCAGGCAUCCCUCAGGCUGGGCUUGGAGUAUGGAAUGAGGCCUCUGAUCUGCCGCUGGGUCUGCACUUUGGACCCUAUGAGGGCCGAGUUACAGAAGACGAAGAGGCAGCCAACAGCGGAUACUCCUGGCUGAUCACCAAAGGGAGAAACAGCUAUGAGUAUGUGGAUGGAAAGGAUAAAUCCCGGGCCAACUGGAUGAGAUAUGUGAACUGUGUCCGGGAUGAUGAGGAGCAGAACCUUGUGGCCUUCCAGUACCACAGGCAGAUCUUCUAUAGAACCUGCCGAGUCAUUAGGCCAGGCUGUGAACUGCUAGUCUGGUAUGGGGAUGAGUACGGCAGGAACUGGGCAUCAAGUGGGGCAGCAAGUGGAAGAAAGAGUUCAUGGCAGGGAGAGAACCAAAGCCAGAGAUUCAUCCCUGUCCGUCAUGCUGUCUGGCCUUCUCAAGUCAGAAAUUUCUCAGUCAUCAUGUGGAACGCAAUCAUUCCUCUCAGAACUUCCCAGGAACAUCUACAAGAAAACUCCUCCAACCAGAGAAUCCCUGCCGGGGGAAACAGAAAGAGGAGCAGCAAUAUUUUGAUCCAUGCAACUCUAAUGACAAAACCAAAGGUCAAGAGAUCAAAGAAAGGUCCACACUCUUGA